GAAGAUUGGAAGGGUGGAGAUAGAAUCAAGAACUUGCAGGUUGAUGGGCUCUGUUCAGAUGUUGCCAGAGCAAUUGAGCUGCUGGAAAAGCUGCAAGAAUCGGGAGAAGUACCUGGGCACAAGCUACAGUCACUUAAAAAAGUACUGCAGAGUGAGUUUUGUACAGCCAUCAGAGAGGUGUAUCAGUAUAUGCAUGAAACCAUAAAUGUUAAUGGCUGUCCAGAAUUCCGUGCCAGGGCAACAGCAAAGGCAACAGUUGCUGCUUUUGCAGCCAGUGAAGGUCAUUCUCACCCUCGAGUGGUAGAACUUCCAAAGACUGAUGAAGGCCUUGGCUUUAAUGUGAUGGGAGGAAAAGAGCAAAAUUCUCCUAUUUAUAUUUCUCGCAUAAUUCCUGGAGGAGUAGCCGAGACGCAUGGAGGACUCAAACGGGGAGACCAGCUGCUUUCUGUUAAUGGAGUGAGUGUGGAAGGAGAGCACCAUGAAAAAGCUGUGGAACUUCUGAAAGCUGCUAAAGACACUGUCAAGCUGGUGGUACGCUACACUCCAAAGGUGCUGGAUGAGAUGGAGGCUCGCUUUGAAAAACUGCGGACAGCACGCCGCAGGCAACAGCAACAGUUACUUAUUCAGCAGCAACAGCAACAGCAAAAUACACAGCAAAACCAUAUGUCGUAGAUGGUUCUCAAGAAGGAAAUUCUAAAUCCAGCAUUGGACAACUUGGCAACAAAGCUGUGCUUCACAUUCCAGCAAACAAUAAAAGAGCAGCAACAAUGACAAUACAACUGUGUUCACCAGCAAACUAUGAAAGAUUGCCAUAGGAAUUGUUUUGGCAGGCCAACAACAUAAUAAACUCUUCCUGUGAGGUUUUUCACUGUAUUGAAGUUUUAGGAUGAAAGGUUUCUUUUGUUCCUGUCGUAUGGUAAGAUUUGUCAAUAUAAACUAUUGUUAAAUUUUUAAGAAAACAGAAUAGUCAAAGCUUAUGAAUGAAUGAAUGUAUGGUCCAAUCCUGCACUCUGUACAAUGAUACUCUAUCAUGAAUUUGUCAGACGGAUGCAAGGUGGGCUAAUGCCAAGAGUGAAGACUGUCCAAAGUUUGUAGCCUUGAUUCAGCUGUAGUUGCACUUUUUGAAGGUAUUUAUUUGUGGCUAGUGCAUCAGAAUAUAGAUGAAUUGUGCAUUAGAUUGCACAUCCCCAUUCAAAGCAAUGCAAUGUGGAUAUGCCACAUCCACAAUUGGAUGCCAUCCAAACUUUUUAUGCCGAUGGUUCUUUACCCAGACAAGUGAUGCUUUUAGAGAAGUGUGGUUCCAUGUGCAAAUCUCAUCAUCUAGAUUGAGGCCUGUGUGAGAGAGAAACAAUUUGAGUAAAAUGCACCAAUUAAAAACUUUACAACUAAAAAAACUCAUAUAUCUUAAAUAAUAUCUUGUCAUCAGAAUUUUACACAGUUGUGAAGUCCAGUUUUAAUAAUUCACCAGUUUAUUUCUUCUGUGAAUUUAUUGAUGUAUUUAUCUGAGGGCUGCAGGAUUUAGAUGAUUAAUCAACUCAACUUAAUCAAACUAUUCUAAUUGAUGAAAAAUCCUUCAAUUAAUUUUAAUUUUUUUAAAAAGAUUUCUAAUAAUUUUAAUGCAAGUGUUAUGAAUCCAUAGCAUUCAACUUUUAAUUUUAUAGAUGAAUAAAAUAAAGCUUCUAAGACAGGUCAUGUUCUGAGGCAUGCUUGCAUCACCAAAAAACAGAAGACGAUUUUCUUUCUUCUUUUUCUUAUUAUUAUUCAAAACUAUUGUGUUAGGUUGCAAAUCUAUACACGUCUACUUGGGGGUAAGUCCUAUAGAUCUCAAUUGUACUUAUUCUUGGGUGAGUGUGUGCAGAAUCAUAGCCUUUGUAGUCUGCUAUGCACUUACCCAUUGAGCUUAGGAAUGCUUACUUAUGAGUAGAUGUGUACAGCAUUGUGUGCACUGUUACAUGCAAAAUGUUUGCAGGCUCAGUUAAUUAUUUAUUAACCAGCUAACAUUUAUUUAGUGGAAUACCAGGCCUAAUUUCUUCAGGAUUCCAUCUGUAGAUAUAUUUUUCCUCUUUGUGUAUCCAUAUAUUCUAUUGAGCAAGUUUAAUUCUGUCUUUUGUUAAUAGUAAGACUUAGAGUACCCUAGAACUGUAUUUUUGAAUAAAGAUACUGCUUGUAUAUGUACUAUAGCUAUUACUAUCCAAAAACCUGUAACUGAGUAUACAGUAUAUUUAUAAGAUUAUAUACAUAUAUAUAUGAUAAAUAUAUAUACACACAUAUAUUGUCAGAAUGUAUUUGUUCCAGAAGUAGGCUGUGGUACUUAUUUAUAUAUUGCAAAUGUUUUGAGAUCAUGGUGAUGAGACAAAGUUAGUUUGGGAACAAUAGAAAUAGCGAAUGUCUCUAGUCCCCAAGUAUAUUAUGUAGCUGAUUAAUGUUAGAUUUAAUAUACCAAAUCAUUUAGCUGAGAGCUGUUGUAGCAUAGUAGUUAUGAUACUGAGGAAUAAAUUAGGAAUUCACUAGGUGACCCUAGGCAAGCCUUCCUCUGUCCCUCCCUCCCUCUCAUCCCUAUUCAUUCCCUCUGCAAUAUAGGGUAAUAAUAGUGGUUUAUAGGAUUAUCAUAAGAAUUAUAACUAGAAGAUGAACAUGAAGCACUUUGAGCACCUGGAAACACUGUACAAUUAAGAUAUAUGAUUAUUGUCGUCCCACCUUAUUCUGAGAGUGGGGGGCAGGCCUUCCCAAAGAAGCAGACAUAAUUCCUAUGGUGUUACUAGCUUUCUCUGAACUUUUAGAACUAACCUCUAAACAUCAAAUAAAAUGAAUUUGGAGUCUUGAAAUACAGGCUUAACCUUUCACCCCUUGCUAGAGCCCAAAUUGGGGCUCAUGUACCCUCUAAUUUAACUGGAGGGAAUAUGUUUCAUUUCCACCAAAGUUUGAAAAAGAUUGUUAAAAUAUUUUUAGAAAAUGUUAACUGGUGAAUAGCAUCUUAUCUAACAGGGGAUGUGGUGGUGCUGCGGGUUAAACCGCAAAAGCCUCUGUGCUGCAAGGUCAGAAAACCAGCACUCGUA